GUCUGCGCCAUUCGCCUGCUUUCGCCAUUUUGUGCAGCGUGUACUCGUAGAGGAGGACAGUGCAGAACAGGAUAGUAAUUAGGGUAAAAAUAGUGAAAAUGUGUUUUUAAUAUUGCAAUCGUUAGCAUCAUAUUGCCGAUAAAAUGACGCAAUUUUUACCGCCGAAUUUGUUGGCUCUUUUCGCUCCGCGCGAUCCAAUUCCGUAUUUGCCACCAUCCUCAAAGCUCCCACAUGAAAAGAAAAAUUGUGGGUAUUUGGGCGUCGGAUCGUUUCUCAAAUUCUUUGAGGAUCCGAAGGAUACUCCACCUCCUUUGCGUGUUGAAACUCGAGAGGAGCGCGUUGAAAGAAGAAGACGUGAACGAGCUGAGCAGACAGCUUACAAGUUAGAACAAGAAAUCGCCGUUUGGGAUCCUGCGGGGAUUCCAGCUGUCACUGCUGAUCCUUUUAAAACUCUUUUCGUUGCUCGUAUUAAUUACGAUACCUCGGAGUCAAAACUCAGAAGAGAAUUUGAGGUUUACGGAACAGUGAAAAAGAUUGUGGUAAUUCACAAUACGAUUAAUGGAAAGCCUAGAGGAUACGCUUUUAUUGAGUAUGAACACGAAAGGGACAUGCACUCGUGGUGGCCGCUGCCGGCAACUAGUGCCGUUCGCUAUUCCAUGCAAUCCCUGAACCUGCCUGAUAUGAUAGCUGCAUACAAGCAUGCUGAUGGCAAAAAAAUAGAUGGACGACGAGUGUUAGUGGAUGUCGAACGCGCACGGACAGUGAAAGGGUGGCUUCCCAGAAGAUUAGGAGGAGGUCUUGGAGGUACAAGAAGAGGAGGUCCCGAGGUAAAUAUUAAACAUUCGGGCAGGGAGGACAAUGAGAGAGAACGAGAGCGUUAUCGCCUGGAAAGGGAACGGGAAGCCACUGGCCGUUUCGACAGGGACAGGGAUCGUGAUCGUGGUGGUGUAGAUAGGGAAAGGCGAAGAUCGCGGGAAAGAAAGCGAAGAAGUAGGACCAGAUCUCGAGAUCGGAAGAGGAGGCGCAGUCGGGAAAGAGUAUUUGAUCCUGAUAUUGAGGAAAUCGAGCGGCCUCCUAGAGAAAGACGGGAGAGAGGAGAAAGAGAUCGCGAACGUGAUCGCAAAAGGAGAAGAUCAAGGAGUACCGACAGGGACAGAGAAAGAAAAAGGGACAAACGUGAUCGUGGUGAUCGCGGUGAUCGCGAGCACAGAGACAGGAAAGAACGCAACGAUCGCACGGAUGAGGACAUCAAAGUUCUUAUUAAGGAAGAACCGCUUGACGAUUAUCCCGAGUACGAGAAUAAUUAUUCGAACCCAGCUUACUUUGAUGCAGUAAAGUAUGAAAACGACGAAGAAGAGGAGAAAUACAGAAUUCCGGAUAGGGAUCUGAUGUAUGAUACAUUGGACUCCUAAUGAUAAAUUAAUCAACUAAUUAACAUUGUGUAUAUUAAAAUAAUAUUAGGUGUAUUUCAAAGCACAAGUGUUCGUUUUUCUGCUUAAAGUAAGUAGUUAAACUAUUCGCUUUCUUUAUUUCAAGAUUAUAUAUUCAAAUAUAUUGUUUGGUAAAAUGCA